CGUCUCUUGAACCCAGAAACAAACCCCUAUUAUUAUCUAAAUAAAACAGCCCCUUUUUGCACUUUGAUUGCUGCAGAAAUACUUGUACAAAAACUAUUGUUUUGUCGCUUUCCAAAGGAUGGUUCAGUGGUUGAUCUUGCUAGUGCAAAGAUCUGGUGGGGGCAAAAUUAGCCUAAAGGAAAGUGGCAUUUGCAGCAUGCCUUGAAGCCAUUUGUAGGUUUUCUACCAUAUUUCUCCAACAAUCUUUAGGCUAAUUUUUUGUUUUGCAAUUAUGGCUGCAACUUUGCGUGAGAUGGCUACUAAUUUCCAGAAGUUAGAUCGCUUUGAUGAGGGCAACUUUAUUCGAUGGCAACACAAGAUGCACCUCCUUCUCACAACUCUCAACAUCAUUUAUGUUCUCACUGAUGCUCGACCAGAGGAAAAUGAGAAUGAAACUUUGCAAGAUACAAGGAAAAGGAAAAAGUGGGAGAACGAUGAUUAUGUCUGCAGGGGCUGCAUCUUAAAUGAUUCUAGUGCUACAAAGUAUGUUUGCAAGGACAAAAGUCUAUUCAAGACUUUAAAACCAGAACUUGAAGGGAGUGUGCUGUAUGUGGGAAAUUCUGCAACAGUACAAGUGAAAGGCAAAGGAACCGUGGACCUUGAGUUCACUUCUGGAAAAGUUCUCACUCUCACUAAUGUGCAUUAUGUGCCAUAUAUUCAACAAGUUUGUUGAACAAAUUUAGUUUUAAACUUGUAUUUGAGAUAGAUAAAUUUAUUCUGUCUAAGGGUGGGAUUUUUGUAGGAAAAGGCUAUGCUUGUGAGGGCAUGUUCAAGAUGAACAUUAAUAAUAAUACUAAUAAUAAGGGUGUUGUUUC